GACAUUGACAGUUCGUUUGUUUUCAUUAUUUCAUUUGUUGUGAUUUGUGAAGGUUGGGGAAUUUAUUAAAUUAACAAGUGUUUCAAGUGUAACUAAGUAAAAUAACAUUUAAUUUGCUAGUUAGAGUGCUAAACCUUGAAAUGGCAACGGCUGCAGCAAAACCAGAACCGAUGGAAGAGGACGCAAGGAAACCCGUGUGCUUGAUCAUUUUAGGUAUGGCUGGUGCAGGUAAGACCUCCUUCACCAGACGUCUAGCGAGCCAGGUCGUUGAAAGCUCGCGACCAUAUUUGAUUAAUUUGGAUCCAGCCUGCAGAGAGGUGCCUUAUCCAGCAAAUAUUGAUAUAAGAGAUACUGUAGACUACAAACAAGUAAUGAAGCAAUACGGCCUGGGGCCGAAUGGAGGUAUCGUCACAGCUCUGAACUUGUUCUCUACAAAGUUUGGCCAGGUGGUGGAUUUGAUCGAAAAGGCUGGAAAGAAACACAAAUACUGUAUUAUUGAUACACCAGGCCAGAUAGAGGUAUUCACAUGGUCAGCGUCGGGUACCAUAGUGACUGAAGCUCUGGCAUCUACAUGUCCUACAGUGGUGGUGUAUGUAAUGGACACCGUACGCAGCGUAGCUCCGAGCACCUUCAUGUCUAACAUGCUGUAUGCCUGCUCAAUACUGUACAAGACUAGGCUGCCUUUCAUCAUUGUUAUGAAUAAGACAGAUGUAGUGGACAACGCAUACGCAGUAGAAUGGAUGCGCGACUUCGAAGCAUUCCAGGAGGCUUUGGACGCCGAAGGUGACGGCGAGGGCGGCGCAACAUACAUCGGCAAUCUUACCCGCUCUAUGGCGCUGGCGCUCGACACCUUCUACACAGAUUUGAAGUGUUGCGGAGUCAGCGCCCAUACCGGCAACGGUAUAACUGAAUUCUUCAAAUUAGUUGAUGAAGCUGCCGAAGAGUACGAAAAGGAGUAUAAAGCAGACUGGUUAAAAAUGCGCGCUGAAAAAUUGGAACAACAGAAAAAAGCAGAAGAGGAAUUGAAAGCAGGCAAAAUGGAGGAGUCCGACACAGUGAUCGGCAAGAAGAGUCUCAUCGAUGCGGUGCCGGCCGGCCGCGAAAUCAGCGACAUGUACCUGAAACAUCCCGGCAACGAUAGUUCCAGCGACGACGAGGGCAGCGAGGCGCCCGCACACGAAAUUGAUGACGACAAACCGGAGGAUGUCGCUGCAUUCCAAGAGUUUAUCAGAAAGCACGUGAAGCCAAACGAUUCGGGAAACAAGACGUGAUGAAACUAAUCUCUUCCAUCUGUAAAUAUAGUUAAGUUUCUAAUAAAAGACAAUCUAAAAGACAAGUUUUUUAUUUAAACAAUGUAAAGUACAUUAUUAUCGGUAUUCCACUAUGAGGGACUGGGUAUAAUUUUUUUUACAUAAGUAGUAUUAUAUUUUAUUGUGUUCAUUAUUUAAGUACAUAUUUUUAUUUAUUAAGUCAAUGUUUUUCAAAGACUCAUCACAGUGGAAUAUUCGAUUUAAAAUAAACAUGAAUAUAUUUGUAGAACAAAACAAUUUUAAUUGGACAACAAAAUUACGUGAAAGUAAAGUAUUUGUGAUAAUGUUACGUUAUUUAGCUACAAAAUAAAUAUGAAUAAAACAUCUUACUGGAAUAAUAAAUAAACUGAGAUUACUAAGUUUGUAUUGCUCAAUAUAUCAAUUCGUAUUUUGGUGCUUAUUAACACUGGUGAUUGUAAAUAAAACGUGUAAAUUAUGCUAAAUAAACGUAAGUAAACAUUCCCUAAGUAAUAUCUUGUAAAAUUAUUAUUAAAGCAAACAGUUAAAAAGACUGCUACUUUCUAGAUAUGUUUAAAGGUUACAUUUUCCUUUGUAUUGUACGGUAUUAACGCAUGACGCGUGAUAAUGACAAUGUGAAUAACAAUUAACAUACAUCAGUAUUUCGGCAUGAACUUAAAAUUAAUUGAACACACUG